CUUCCGGGGUUGCUCGGGAUCCGCUGGUUCCGUGACAACAUCCAGUUGCCUCCUUCAGGUGGCGGGACUGGUGCAGCCGCCGCCUCCCAGGAGCGCCCGCUCGCCCGGGCUCGCGCCCUCGCCGGCCCAGGCCGCCAUGGCCACCAACCCGCAGCCGCAGCCUCCGCCUCCCGCGCCGCCGCCUCCCCCGCCUCAGCCUCAGCCCCCGCCGCCGCCGCCCGGCCCUGGGUCUGGCCCCGGCGCGGGCGGGACGGGCGGCGCAGGGGCCGGCGCGGGGGACCCGCAACUCGUGGCCAUGAUCGUGAACCACCUCAAGAGCCAGGGGCUCUUCGACCAGUUCCGCAGGGACUGCCUGGCCGACGUGGACACUAAGCCUGCUUAUCAGAAUCUGAGACAACGCGUUGACAACUUUGUUGCGAACCACUUAGCAACUCAUACAUGGAGUCCCCACCUCAAUAAGAACCAGCUAAGAAACAAUAUUAGACAACAAGUACUCAAAUCAGGAAUGUUGGAGUCUGGUAUCGACCGAAUUAUUUCUCAGGUUGUAGAUCCAAAGAUCAACCACACGUUCAGACCUCAGGUGGAGAAAGCUGUGCAUGAGUUUUUGGCCACGCUAAAUCACAAAGAGGAAUCCGGUGGCAGCUCGGCCCCCGAAGAGGAGAAGCCAGACUCUUCCAUCGUUACACAAGGUGUCCCUGCUCCUGGGCCCAGUACUAAUGUAGCCAAUGAUGCCAUGUCAAUCUUAGAGACCAUAACUUCUCUUAACCAAGAAGCUACUGCUGCCAGGGCUUCAACAGAAGCAUCAAACGCUAAGACCAGUGAGAGAACAUCCAAAAAACUCCCGUCUCAGCCAAGCACCGACACCAGCACUGAGAAAGAGAAAGCUCCAGAGGACAUGGCUGAUAAAGACAAGUCUUCGCCCGACCCCGCGGGGGAAGUACAGGAAACAGCCCCGAAGUCUGAGGAAGUUAGCGAGCUCCCUUGCCCAGCAGAAGAAAUUAAAAAUCACACAAAAGAGAGUAGCAGUUCCGUUCUGCUAAGUAAAGAUGUUCAACAGGAAAGCAGUGACCAAAAAAAUAAAUCAGACAAAGGUGAAAAGAAACCAGACAGCAGUGAAAAAGGAGAAAGGAAGAAAGAAAAGAAGGAAAAGAGUGAAAAGAAAUUUGAUCACUCAAAAAGGAAUGAAGAUACACAAAAAGUCAAAGAUGAAAAACAAGCAAAGGAUAAAGAAGCAGAGUGUACGAAAGCGCCCUCAGAAAAGAACGGAAGUAAAGCUAAAACCAGUGAAGGGACAAGAGAAGAUUGCUCUGUGAUAGAUUCUGAUGUGGAUGGACUCACGGACAUUACAGUUAGCUCUGUCCACACCAGUGACCUCUCAUCUUUUGAAGAAGACACUGAGGAAGAGGUUGUGCUGUCCGAUAGCAUGGAAGAGGGAGAGAUCACGUCAGAUGAUGAAGAGAAGAACAAACAGAAUAAAGCAAAAACUCAAACCUGUGACCCCAGUGAAGGAAAAGCAAAAAGCGGACGGCAAGCUUACGUUCACAAGCCAUACCUUUACUCAAAGUAUUACAGUGAUUCUGAUGAUGAACUCACUGUAGAGCAACGGCGGCAGUCGAUCGCUAAAGAAAAAGAAGAGAGGCUUUUAAGAAGGCAAAUUAAUAGAGAAAAACUUGAAGAAAAACGAAAACAGAAAGCAGAAAAGACAAAGUCAUCAAAAGUUAAGAGCCAAGGCAAAAAUAAUAUGGACUUAGAAGAACCAUCAACAAAGAGUUUGGAACCUAAAGCCCCCAGAAUUAAAGAAGUCCUUAAAGAACGGAAAGUUUUAGAAAAAAAAGUAGCCUUAAGCAAGAGAAGAAAAAAAGACUCAAGGAAUGUUGAAGAGAGUUCUAAAAAGAAGCAGCAAGCUGAAGAAGAUUCCAAAGAAACCCUCAAAACCAACGAGCAUUGUGAAAAGGAAAAACUGUCUUCUUCAAAGGAUUUGAAACAUGUUCAUACAAGGAGUGAAGCAAGUAAACCUACCCGGAGACUCUCAGAGUGUUUGCAUUCAGCUGAUGAAAACAAAAAUGAAUCCAAACUAGAAAGAGAACAUAAACGGCGGACGUCUACCCCUGUUGUGGUGGAAGGGGCACAGGAAGAGACUGACGCGCGAGAUGGAAAAAAGCAGAUGGAACGCUCAGACGUGGGCACAGAGGAAAAAGAACCCCAGAAACAGAAAAGCACCCUUAAAAAUGAAAAGCAUCUGAAGAAAGAUGACUCCGAAACAGCGCAUGUGAAAACCCUCCCUAAGAAAGAGAUGAAAUCUUCCAAGGAAAAGGCUGAAAAAGAAAAAAUUGUGUCAGAAGACAAGUUGUUUACAAAACAUAAACAUAAAGGGGACAGUGCGCAUAAAACAGGUGAUGAGACUGAGCUUCAUUCUUCUGAGAAAGGCUUAAAAGUGGACGAAAGUGUUCAAAAGCCAAGUCAACAGACUAAGCUUUCUUUGGAUGAUAAAGCCGAACGAAAAAGUAAACAUAGGAAUGAAAGGAAGUUAUCAAUUUUAGGCAGAGAUGGAAAGCCAGUUUCUGAAUAUAUUAUAAAAACUGAUGAGAAUAUUCGUAAAGAAAACAAAAAAGAGAGACACCUCUCCACCGACAAAACUAAGGCAGAGCACAAAUCAAGAAGAUCAAGUGAUUCUAAAAUUCAGAAAGAUUCUUUGAGUUCCAAGCAACAUGGAACAACAUUACAGAGAAGAAGCGAAAGUUAUUCAGAGGAUAAGUGUGAUACAGAUUCGACUAAUUUAGACACUAAUUCAAAACCAGAAGAGGUUUGCCACAAGGAGAAGCGGAGAACAAAGAGCUUGUUAGAAGAGAAACUUGUGUCCAGGUCUAAGUCAAAAAGUCAAGGCAAACAGUCAAAAGUCUCUGAAACAGAAUUACAAGAGGGUGUCGCAAAACAGACAGCCAGUUCGAAACCAGAUAAGGAGAAGAACUCAGAAGAAAAUGAUCCAGAUAGACAACGAAAGUCUAAAGCUGAGGACAAAUCUGAGGAAGCUAGUGUUGAACCUGCAUUAGAGAGUGUAGCCCCUUCUGCCCACAGUGCCCAAAAGGACUCUGGUCACAGAGCCAAGCUACUGUUAGCAAAGGACAGAUGUAAGAGUGAGAAGGAUUCAAGCUCCUCUAGACUGGAGAGAAAAGUAUCAGAUGGGCACAAAAGCAGAAGCUCAAAGCAUAGUAAUAAGGAUGUGAAAAAGAAGGAAGAUAACAAAUCAGAGGAUAAGGAUGGUAAAGAAGUUGACAGCAAUCAUGAAAAGGCCAGAGGAAAUGGUUCAGUGACUGAAAAGAAAUUAAGCAGAAGGUCCUGUGAAAAUCGGAAAGGAAGUGCAUCCCAAGAAAUGACCAAAGGAGAAGAGAAAUUAGCAGCAAACACUUCGAGCACUCUCAGUAGUUCUUCCCUUCAGAGACCAAAAAGAGGUGGGGAUACCACGUUGACCCCUGAACAAGAGCCAAUGGAAACCGAUUCUGAACCUGCUGUGGAAAAUGUACUGGAAGUUUCGAAAAUCCACGAGAGCAGCAGUAAUAGUUCUCAGCAAGACACUGACUCUGAAAAUGUGAUGAAGCAGAAAACGACAGGCGUGGUUCUGAAGGAUGAAGGAAGAGCUUCCACCACAGAGGCAAAACCAGCCGCUCCGGCCUGUAAAUCAGGACGCGGAACAGGGGUUGCUGGUAAUUCUGAAAAGCACGCUGACCAUAAAAGCACCGUGACCAAGAAAGUGCAUACCCAAAGUGCUGCAUCCAAACCAAACCCCAGGGAGAAAACACCAACUCCACAAGGAACUCAGGAAUCGAAUGCAGACUCUGAAACUAGUCAUAAAAUGUUGACUUGUGCUCCAUUAGAAAAUGAGAAGGCACAAAAGAAUUCGAAACACACAAGACCCGCUGAAGAGCGUGUUCAGGGAGACACUGUUGAGCAUUCCGCCAAUUUAGACCCCUCACCAUCUUUAAGUUCGGUGACUGUUGUGCCUCAGAAACAGUCUCAUGAUGCAGAUGCAAUUCCUGUAGUUGACAGGAGAAAUGUUUUAGAAGGUGGCGCAGGCAGCACCUGCCUGGGGGACCACUCUGACCUCCCUAACCAAAGUGUGACUGUUAAGGAAUCCGAAGUCCCUAGGACAAGUCACAGUAAAGAAGGUGGUGCAAUUUCCACAGCAGAUAGGCCAGUAAAAACAAGCCUAGCUAGCAAAAAAAACAUUCCAGAAGGUUCCCAGGCCAACCUUAGUAAACAAGGGAAAGGAAGCAUGCCUCUUGAUAGCAAGUUAACAGAUACAAUUAUGGGAAAUGAGAAUGUUAACAAAGAAGGCGGCUCGGUGGACGUGGCCAGAAAAGAAAAUGACCUAAGUAGAGAACUCACUUCAAAGCAGACAGUUAGAACUGCAACAGCAAAUGGCCAAAAGGAUGGCAUCGCUGUUGACUGCAUUGUGGGCAUGAGCACGGAGAAAGAUGCUAAAACUGUUGAACUUGAGCACAGUAGAGGCUCAGGUGAAGUAGUAAACUUAUCAAUUGAUGUUGAAAGAAGAAAGGAAAACAGUGAGGUAGACACCAGUGCUGGAGGUAACCCUGCCUCCUCUGUUUCACACCAAAGGAACAGAAAAACUGAGAAUGUGGUAAUUGGCAGAGCAGAGAAGACUUCUCUGGCCACUAGUACAGAAGGGGAGGACAAAGGCCUUCCCUUGAACUCAGUAAAAGCCGGGGAUGCCACGACCACGUCUUCAGAAAGAGGAGAGGAGGAGGUGGUGGUGCCUUGCACAAGCAUUGAAGCAGAUGAAGGCCUCACAGGGGGCUCCAGAAAUAAUGCUCUCCACACGGGGGCGGGAGCUGGGCGGUGCACUGUGUUUGCCGCAGCGGAGGAAGGUGGGGGCAUGGUCACGGAGGGCCUGGCAGAACGUGAAACCUUCCUUACCAGCACCAAGGUGGGAGGAAGUGGGGAAUGUACUCUGGCUGGAUGCGAAGAGCGAGCAACAGACCCAGUGACUGCUCAGGCGGUCCCAGUUGAAGACAGUGUCAAUAGUGCUGUGACAGAGGAGAAAGAUGAUGCUGUGACCAGUGCUGGCUCUGAAGGAAAAUGUGACGGUUCUUCCAGCAGAGGCUCAGAAAGACUCAGGGGAGCCGGUGAGGGCGAAAGUGAGGGAGCCGUAACAAGUGCUGGGACAGAAAUGCAAGAGGAGUCAUUAAGCAGCGAAGAGGCAGACAGGUUCCAGAGAAGUAGGACGAGGAUGGGCCCCCAAAAAGAAACCGAGGGGACUGUGACAUGCACAGGAGCAGAAAGGGGGGGCGGAAGCUUUGUGCUGUGCCCAGUCACUGGUGCAGGGCCACAGGAGGAGCCUAUGGUUACAGGUGCAGCUGUUGUCCUGGUGGAAAACAACAUGCCACCAGGAACGAAUGCCGCCCAGGAAGGAGAUGGUUCUGGGAAUGACGGUACAGAGGGGGAGAGUGCUGUCACAAGCACUGGGAUAACGGAGGAAGAUGCAGAGGGGCCAGCAAGUUGCACAGGUUUGGAAGAGAGCAGUGAAGGCUUUGCGAUGAGUUCUGAGUCCGAAGAAACUGGACAGGGUGCUAUGAACAGCACAGUAGCCAAAGAAGUCACUAACGUACCUCUGGUUGCUGCUGGUCCCUGUGAUGAUGAAGGCAUUGUCACCAGCACAGGUGCCAAAGAGGAGGAAGAUGAAGGGGAGGGCGUUGUGACUAGUACUGGAAGAGGAAACGAAAUUGGGCACGCUUCAGCUUGCACAGGGGUAGAAGAAGAAAGCGAGGAGGCGCCCGUCUGUGAGAGUGCAGAAGGAGGAGACCGUCGCAUCAGGGCCGCGGCCAGGCACGGGCCCGCCGAGGCUGGAGCUGCUGCCGGAAGUGCACAGGAAAGCAGCGUCCACAGUGUGAGUGGGGCUGAGAAGGAAAUGAAAGAUGCGGAGAUCUGCUCCAGUGCCAAAGGGAUCGUGGAAAGCAGCGUGACCAGCGCGGCUUCGAGGGACGAUGGAGCAGCAGCACCAGUGCUUGAAGGUUGCGAGGGGCCCAUGACUAGUGCAGCCUCAGGUCAACGCGACGGUCAGCUCCCCGGCAAAGGCAAAGUUGAAGACACCACGAUUUCCACUGGUCUGGUGGGGGGCAGUUGUGAGGAACUGGUGACUGGUGCCAUGACAGAAUAUGAAGUCCCUCGCACGUCACCGAGUGAAAAAGAAGAUGAGGGGGUCAUCACCUCUGUGGAGAAUGAGGAGUGCGAUGGCCUCAUGGCUACCACAGCCGGUGACGGUGCUACCCACCAGACUUGUGUUACUGGGGGCCAAAGUCAAGGCACAGGCUUGGUGAUUUCCACCAGCACCACACAUGAUUACACUUCACAGUUAAGCACCAAUAGGGACCUGGGAGGUCAUUCCGGCGCUCUGAGAACUGAAGAAAAUGUGGAAGGCCCUAGAGUGAACAGGGAAGAAUUCGAGGCCCCCAUGCCCAGCGCAGUUUCCGGAGAGGAGGGCCAGCUCACCGCAGUGAGAAGUGAGGAGAAGGACGAGUGCGCCAUGAUCUCUACUAGCAUAGGGGAGGAGUGCGAAGUGCCCGUGUCCAGCGCCACGGCCACCCUGUGUGCUGGCGGCCAGCAGCCAGUGGCAGCAGCUGAAGAAAGAGCCAAGGGACCCGUCUUGGUCAGCACGGACGACUUCGAGGUGCCUAUGCCCAGCGCACCCACCGAAGUGGAAAGUCCUCUUGCCUCAACCAGCAAGGAGGAGAAGGAUGAAUGUGCUCUCAUUUCCACCAGCAUAGCGGAGGAGUGUGAGGCCUCCAUUUCUGGGGGAGCUGGGGAAGGUGGACACGAGCAAUCUGGCACAGCCGUGGAGGAAAAAGAUGGGAGUGCCGUCAUCUCCACAAGCUCAGUGGAGGACUGUGAGGGCCCUGUGUCCAGUGCUGUCCCUCGGGAGGAAGGUCACCCUGCGGCCACCCCUGCAGAAGAGAUCAGCGACACCACCAUGAUUUCCACGAGCACCUCUGAAGGACGGGAAGCAGCCAUGAGGGGUGCCAUCCCCCAGGAUGAAGAGCGACCCGCAGUUGCGCAGAUGGAGGAUUUGAGUGAUGCUGCCAUCAUCUCCACCAGCACGGCUGAGUGUGUGCUGGCUGUCACUGGCCUGGGCAGGCACAAAGAGAACCCGCUGACUGCUAGCAACCCAGAAGGAGGAGAUGGCGUGUCAGCUGCAAAGGUGAGCAAGUGUGAGGUCCCCAUGCCCAGCCUAAUUGCCGAGAACAACUGUCAGUGUCCCGGGCCACUCACAGAAGAAGUGAGCACCCAGGAAGAGUGCAUCAGGGCCCCAGUCAGCGUGCUCUCUGCAGAGGAAGGCCCGCCACUGGAAGAGAAGAGUGUGUCUUUGAGCUCAGUUCAGAGCCUGGAUAAAAGCUCUGAGGCAGGGAUGGUUGGGGACAGCACGAAGGCACCUUGUUCGGCAGGGAGGGACUUGGAGAUGAGGGCUGGCUCACCUGUCAGCCUGAGAAGACCAGAGCAAACGCUGAUGGCUGAGGACUCCAUCAGUAUUCGCUCUUUGACAGCAGCAAAUACUGGUGCUAAACUAGCUGGUGACGUGCCACACGUCAGAGACACUGACACAGAGCAGCCCUCUCUUCCUCCCACCCAGCAGGAGCCCGAGGGUGACUUGAAAACCACCACCAAGUGUAUUCAUGGCCAAGAAUCCGAAAUCGCUCCUUCCCGUGCAGCCCUUCCAGCUGCCUGUCGGGUGGCCCUGUCAGCACCAGAGUGUAAGCAGGACUUGACCGUGCAGAGUGAUCAUAGUGGAUCACGACGGACCGUCCAGGCGUCAGCUGAGAAAACAGGAGAUGGCGUGGUGAAAUCCUUUCGGAAGGAAGGAGACCUCAAGGUUGCGGUUUCUUCUGAAGAAAAUUUGGGUGGCAUAGGCCACGAAGGCUGUCCAUCGAAUGUUUUGGGAGGAUUGGACUUGAAAGCCAACUUGAAAACUGAGACAGUUCUGUUAGCGGAAGAAGAGAACAGUCAUGAAAUUCCAGCACCAUCAGAACGUCCACGUGGGAGAAAGCUGACUGGGACAGCUGAACCUCAGAGGGAGCCUUUGGUGCUGAACGAAUCACUGAGGGUCAAAAACUCAGGCUCAAGAACAAAUGAAGAAAUGCACAGCAAAGGUCCUAACAAAGAAGGCAUGUCCAGUGGUAGCAAAGACAACACAGAAGACAUAAGAGGUCGCAGUGUUGAAGCAAAUUCUAAAGAGGUGGAAGAGAAAGAAAGGCAUACGCCUAAAAGAAAAAGAAAGAAGCAUUAUGCCUCUUCAGAAGAUGAACUGGAUGAUAAUUCAGAUGUCCUGGAUUCCAAAGUAGAAACAGCACAGAAGCAACGUUCUGAAACUGAGCCACAAGACACAAAGGAAGAGAGCUCUGGGGACUUGGAAGAGUCGUCUAAAACAAGUCCUAACACAAGCAGCACUGCUUCGAGAGCCAUGGAAGAGCGAGAUGAAUACAGCAGCGGCGAAGCUGCUGGCGAAAAGGCAGAGCAAAUUGAUGAGGACAACGUAAAAUCUCAGGAGGAAGAUCAGCCAGUAAUUGUUAAAAGGAAAAGAGGAAGACCUCGUAAACACCCCGUGGAGACAGCAUUGAAAACAAAAGAAGACUGCAAAGCAGAUGCUGGCCUUGUCACCGUAGAACAGUCUCCACCUGGCGGCAAACUGAAAGUGAUGCAAACAGAUGAGUCCAGUAAAGAAGCAGGGGCCCUGCAAGAAAGAAGCGCAAGCAAUGAGGACAGUGAAGAGAAAACAGUAGCAAGCGUGCGCCGGAGAGGAAGAAAGCCCAAGCGCUCGCUGACUUUAUCUGACGACGCUGAAUCCUCAGAACCAGAAAGAAAACGCCAGAAAUCUGUUUCUGAAGCAACCGAGGACAAAAAAGACCAGGAGUCCGAGGAGGAGGAGGAGGAAGAGGAAGAGGACGAGCCCUCCGGAGCCACCACCAGGUCUGCCACCAGAUCAGAGGCUCAGAGGUCAAAGGCGCAGCAGUCCCCUCCCACCAAACGCAAGAGGGAGGCCAGCCCCCCGGGGGCCCGCACUCGAGGCCAGCAGCGGGCGGAGGAGGCCCCCGUGAAGAAGCUGAAGCGAUAAUCCUGAGCGGACACGUGGAGGAGAUGGAGAAAGCUCCAGCCUUGGGCGCAGGCUUUUUUUUUAUUUUAACCAGGGAAAGUACCUGCAUGUGCUCUAAGUUCCUAGGUGCAAGCUUCUUGUUAUGUUUUUAAUGGCUUUAUAAACUGUUGUUCAUAGAAGAUAGAUAUUAUGUACAUUUAUUUCAGAUAAAGGAAAAUAAGUUUACUUUGUAUCAACUCAAAGCAAAGUAGUUGUAUAUUUUAACAUUGGAAAUUGGGAUUUCCCGAUGGGGCACAUCUCGAGUGCAAACCCUUCAGCUCGUCCGACACCAGGCUGCCCGCUGGUCGUCUGUGUACAGCAUAUAAACAUGUAAAAAUAGGUUGUAUUUUACUCUGUGUAUGAUGCUAAUCAAUGAACACUUUAUUUAUUUUACAGAGAAAACUUAUCUGUGAACUUUACUAUAUAUCUGUUUAUUUUAUUUUAUUAUUUUUUUAAUUAAAAAAAAGGAUUUUAAAUGCUAUGCAGUCAUUAGUAGCAGUGUUUAGGACUGCCUGCCGGUAACUGUGAAUAUGACCGGGCAGGAAAUGCAGAGCCUUCUCGCAUGUGUUCCAGUAAAGUAGUUUAGCUCAAGGGGCUCCGUGGCCUUUCUGUUCACAGUUGUGACCUUUUUAAGAAUGUCACUUGUUUUUAGAUUGUACUCUCAUCUGUGACUUCACUACCAGCCCCACUGGUGAAAGAGGUUCUGGUUCAGGUGCAGUUACCUCCUGUUCGCCGCCUGCGGCAGAAACACUCUUCCCGCCCCCCGUCCGUGUUCGCUCCCUCUGCUGUCCCGAGGCUUCACCCGUGUUCUUUCCACACCGUCAUUUUCAGAGAAGAGAACCGCGUUGAAGAUCAGGCCACUCCUAUCGUGCCGCGGGAUUUUACGUUGUUUCCUGCAUAAUCAUUACAGACAACAAACUGGCUUUAUUGCCAGGUCCUUUUUUAAACAUCUUUAAUCUCCCAUACGAGCAAACUGUCCAACUUAUGUUUUUCAUAAGAUUAAACUUUUCUUAAGAUCAAAUUUAUCUCUAGCAAUGAUGUGAUGAGUUGCCAAAUAAUUGAGAUUAUUUUAAAAUGUUUUAUUCAUAUUCUUGUUUUGUAAUUAAAAUUUACAUUCAGUGUGUGGAUUUUUUUUUUGACGCAAUGUAAAGUGGAUAUUUCUGUCAUUUUACAUGGUUUCUUACUGAGAUUUUAUAUA